AUGGGAGAACGGUGCGCUCUUAGCGAAAAAGAAGAUCCACUUGUCCAUCCAGACCAAAACCAUUUAAACACUCACAAGACUUGUGCAGACCUCCGAGCUUGCCGCAUUUGUCCAGAACGCCAGGGGCGGCCUCUUUUGGCAGAUGAGGUGCUUCAACUCUUGGAGGGACACCCGACGUUGUCCUUGGCCUUCCUGGAGCACCUGGUGGCGCGGAAGGAGGCCGAGCCCCGACACUGUGCCCAGCUGGGCUUGGCAUAUGUGGCCAAGGUGGAAGAGGACGAGAGUGUUGCGUUCAUGGGUGAGGCCAAACUGCUGAUGAGCAAGUCUGAGCGUUUGAGAGAAGUCUGUCUUAGUCAGGCGCGAAAAAGGGAGUUGCAAGCUUUGUUUCACAGUGCAGACAAGGAUGACAGUGGCCUGUUGAGUUUCACGGAGAUGUCACUAGUGCUGCGCGAGGGCAACCCAGAGCUCACGGACAAGGAGUUGGCGCUUCUGUUUCGGGAGAUUGAUACGAAUGGCGAUCUCACCGUGGACUUCAAAGAGUUCGCCAAGUAUUUGAACUCCAUGAGUGCCGGCAAGCUCCAAAAGUCCAAGAGCAGAGAGCAGGUCACCGCAGAGAGGUGUAAGGAGGAGUUCUUUAAGGUGGACGAGAACAGCGAUGGGAAGUUGAGUCGGGAGGAGAUGGCGGAGCUCUUGCGCAAAGGAAACCCCGAGAUCACUGAGGAUGAGUUGACCUUGCUUUUCGACACCAUGGAUCAAGAUGGUAACGGAUCAUUAGAUUUCGAGGAGUUUGUGGACUACAUCACAGGUUUUCAAAGACCGAAGCCGGAGAAGGUCUCUGAUUUCAUCCCUUGGGUCGAGACGGUGCCCUUGCCCGAGGCCUACGAAAGACGGUCUUCCACCCUCCCAAGGGGUGACGAGCGAGGGCUUUUUCUCCAUCAGUUGUUUGCCUUAGCCAAGCUCAUCAAGGAGGUGCUGGAGAAAUGUCCUCUUCAAAGCGAUUCCGCUUCCGGGCCCAGUAGAGUGGCUGAAGGAGGUGACUGCUUGACUUGGAUAACAAUUGACAUGUACCAAUGUAGCAAGCACUUCUUGCAGCCCUUGACGAUCCGCUUCCAAUGCUCCUUCGUGGAGCUGAUCGCAGAAAAACCACAAGUGUCCAUGCUGAAGUUUCACCAAGAGCAGCGGGAGACGGGGGGCGAGACCGCUUGGUGGAUGGAUGCCUUUGCAAGGUCUUUACAUGGCGAAGAAGUGACGAACUUCCCAAUGCCCCAGGACUUCGAGCAAAGCCCUUUCUGCAAGGUGCUGAUCAGCAAAAGCUGCAAGGGCACCGUUGUUUUGCUGGAUGGGAAAGGCCGGGCGACUGGUCGUUCUUGGUGCCUAUUGGAGCUGGCCUUGAGCCUUGACAUGCAACUGGACAAAAGCACCACGCAUCUCACUGACAUAGUUGCCUGGAAUGAACCACUUAAAAAGGCAGCCAUGCUGGCAGAUACCGGUGAUGGCACCUCCGAGGAGGUCCUCCGUGAGCCCUUUGGGGCCAUUUUCCCAAUGGAUCUGUCUUUGAAGGGCUAUCGGACAGCUGUGCAGAAGUCAGAAGCUACACUGGAGGCGGACAGGAAGCGUAUUUUGCACUUCUUGGCCAGUACCCCUGCAGACAGUUGGGACAGGCUGAAGCCUCCAACGGAUUCCGUUGCUUACACAGCUGUGAAUGGCCGCCUUCAGCACAGGUUCAUAGCGGGAGCAAUGGCAGCAGCAGCAAUGAUGAAUGAUGAAAAGACCUUGAGGAAAAUCGCCUCAGAGCAUCCUGAGUUCCAGGAGAGCUGCACUGCCUAUGGCUUCCGGCCACUGCAUGCAGCAGCAAUGAAGGGUUCAUUGCACACCCUGAAGGUUCUCAUUAGCCUCAACUGCGACCUGAACGCGCCUUCCGCUGAUGGGCGGACGCCUUUGUUCGUUGCAGCCAGGGAGGGCCAUGAUGCUACGGUCACACAUCUGCUCAAGGCGAAGGCGGAUGUCCAUCAAACCUCCAUGAGUGGACACACCGCACUGCAUGCAAGCAUUGAAGGUGGUCACAUCACGAUUUCCGGAAGUUUGCUGGAUUUCAAGGCAGAUCCCAAUUUCAGUGCUGCACCAACAGAGACACCUCUCAUCUUAGCAGCCAGGAACGACCAGGCAGCCACCUGCGGCCUGUUGCUCGAUUACAAGGCCGAUCCUCUCAAAGAGUCCUUAGAGGGGCAAAAGCCCUAUGAAGUCGUGCAGAGCAGCCAGAAGCUCGUUGACACCUUGAAGGAGGCUGCCAAGGAGGCCAGCAAAGGACGGACUGCUCGGCGCCGUCCCAGUGUGCAAGAAGCACGCAUCGUCAAUGGCCUGAGCCAGUUUUGCAGCAAAGAGGUCAAGGCCUCAAGACAGGUUCCGUUCCUGGAAGAGGCCGAGGGGGAGCCAACCGCAGAGCUCUUGCCGCGCUUGGAGGCGCUGGAGCUCCAUGAGGAGCUGGUGGUUCUUUGCAGCCGAGAGAAGCGCCACUAUGAAGCCUUGCGCAUUUUGGCCUUGGACCUUAACGACUUGGGCCGUGCAGAGAUCUAUUGCCGUUUGCUCAUGCGGAGGGAAGCGCAGGAGUCGACUCAGGCGCAGUGGCGCGCCGCGGCGCAGAUCCGUCACGAGUCACAAGAGACGUUGUUAGCAGAUAUGUUCACUGAUCCGAGCAUCGUCUUGUCCUUAGCCGGAUGCCGCGGGAGAGCCAUCGGCGAGCGUGGAAGCGACGGUGCGCACACGUCCACUGAUGCUUUUGCUGAAGAUCCUGCCGCGGUUCCCAGUCGAUCCAGAUCGAUCGCUGGAUUUCCAGAGAGGCUGGAGGCUCAUGAGACCGCGGCAGAGAAGCCAGAGAGCUACAAGAAGGUGAGUGUGGAAUACCGAGACGCAGUCCUCGCGCUGCUGAUGGGCUACGCCGGGCAUCGAGAUGUGCCACCCAACGAGGUGCUGGGCUUGUUGCCUUCACACUGGACCUUGGAGGGUGUGGCUGAGUACCUCAGCCAAUGUGCACGCAUUUGCUUGCACCAGCAGCGAGCCAGUAUGCUGGAAGAAAAUCUCAGCUCGAUGGCAUACUUGAAGACCUUUAGUGCUUGGGCCAAGGAACGCAUGAGAAAGGUGAACAUCACCGUGGACCGAUGUUGCCCAGUCUGCAACAAGCGCUUCGUGGACAAGGACAAUGUGGGAAAGGCCUUUGUUGCCUACCCCAACGAGACCUGCGUACACUUCACCUGCAAGGAACAUCCCUCCAUUUGUCCAAAGACCGGAAAGAACUUCUCUGACAACUUGUCCGUCUACUGCCCCUUGGCUACAGGUCCGGCCCAGAACGCAGCGCUCGGGUGCAAGGAUUGGUGGCUUACAAAUGUUGAAGGGGAUGACAAUUUGUUCAACCAUUGA